AUGAGAAGAGGUAUUCUGGAACAACAACAGCAACAACAGCAACAACAGCAACAACAGCAACAACAGCAGCAACAGAAACAACAACAACAGCAACAACAGCAACAACAGCAACAACAACAACAACGGCAGCAGCAGCAGCACCAGCACCAGCAGCAAGCAGCGGAGGAUGACAAAUCGUUUCCUUUAUCUGUUCCUCCUUCAGUGUCCACAUUGAGUCACAACUCUCCGGUAACACCUCACGCGACUUACUCCGAAGACUUCGAAGAUGGUUCUAAGCCCAUGUCACAUGGUGAGGGCACAUAUCCCGACGUCGAUAAGUGGAUGGAUGAUUACUUACGUUUUGAUGACCGUGUAGAUUUCAGUGACCACAGCAGCACUCCGAUGGGCGUUCCAAAGCUGACUAGGACCAUCUCUGACAUCUACCAAGACGAAUUAUAUAACCCGAACGCUUCUACCACGCCAAAGCCAUCCAUGCAAUUCUCUACCCAAAACGCGAAGAUGUAUUCUCCUUACCAUCGCAAUAUCAUUACAGACCGGAUACAGGCUGCGCACCAAGGCCAUAUCUCUGACCAAUCGCAAUCCCGCUCGACGUCAGCAGCGCGCCACCGGUCCCCAUGGAGAGAUAACUCCCCGUUCUUGCAUGAGCAAGCUGCAUUUAACGAUGCACAGAUGUCGCAGUCUCAACCUUUUCCGGAUCAAUUGAAUCUUGCCGCCCAACAGCAAUCAAAUAUGUUGAUGGGCCCGGCACAGCCGGAACCAAAAACCAUCUCGCCCAAGGACGCAUUACUUGAGUACAAUGAGUCUCCGGACGAUGCGAACAUGUCGCUGUUCCCGUCGCAGUCUGAACCUUCUCAGUAUCGCGUGUCGCCAAUGGGCAACUCUGCCACCUUCCAUAUUCCACAUAUGGAGCAAUACGCAAACCAAUAUGACCAACACAAAAACAAUAUGCCGCAGCAGUUUGGCUACAUUCAGCAGCAGCAGAUCCCUCUCCAGCUCUCGGGCCAGCAACAACAUCAACACCAGCCGCAGCCAUCGCAAUCGCAACAGCGACAACAGGCCCGUCGGGCGCAUCCGCCUCAAAGCCAACGGGAAAAUAACCUUGUCCACCACACGCCUGAAUUCCCACGUCAACUGCCGUCUAUGGACUCUACGUCUAGCGACACGAACACAUCUGCGAGCAACAGAUCGCCUUUAAGAGCAGCGCCAACGUCGAACCCCACUGGCGAACCUGCCAAGCGUCCGGAUGAUACUUCCUCUGAUGGGGGCACGUACAGCUGCACCUACCACGGAUGCAUUCUACGCUUCGAGACACCUGCGAAACUACAAAAGCACAAGCGGGAAGCCCAUCGCCAGACGACCCCUGGUUCACACGCAAUGGUGCGCGAUUCGUCAGCCGGUUCUCUGGCAAUGCGCAACUCGCAGGCUGGACCUCACCGCUGCGAGCGCAUCAAUCCAUCUACAGGCAAACCUUGCAGCUCUGUCUUCUCCCGCCCCUACGACCUUACGAGACAUGAGGAUACGAUCCACAACUCCCGGAAGCAGAAGGUGCGGUGCCAUCUAUGUACCGAGGAAAAGACAUUCUCCCGCAACGAUGCCCUGACACGGCACAUGCGGGUUGUCCACCCGGAAGUCGAUUGGCCAGGCAAGCAGAAACGCAAGUCAAGGGAUUGA